AUGCAGAAAAUAUUUCAAUUAAUACGCACUACGUUGUCGAACUCAUUUCUAGGACUCACAUCUUUACUCAGUAUUGUUAUGCUUCUCACCCUCUGUAAAUCCACCAUGUCGCAAGAAAUAGAAAGCAACCCUCUAGACAAUAUUCUCGUAAAAUGUGUCAGAGCAAGUGUAUGUUUGCACAAACAUUACGUAAGAGCGAAAUUCAAAUACGGAACUAAAAUGGUCUCGAAUGGUUUUACAUGUCCAUCUGCUCCUUUCUGCGAGAUGAUCGACUGCUACAUGUGCUCGGCCGCGAACGGCGAUCGUAAUGAUAAGUAUUCUGCUGUACAGUAUCGCAACAUGCAGCUUCUUCGCAUUAUGCCUGGGAAGACGUCUCUGUAG